GGAGGGGGCAACCGUGACACCGCGCCUGCAGACCCACCACCACCACCGCGAGCUGUGUCGAAAUGGCUGACGAGAAUGAAGACCUGCAGGCAGAUGAAGAGCUCCCAGCUCCAGCUGAGGACAGCUUUGAGCAGCUGGAGAACGACAGCCCCGCUGAGCGCAGUGGGCAUGUGGCAGUCACUGAUGGCCGCUGCAUGUAUGUCUGGGGAGGCUAUAAGAAUGCCCAAGUGAGGGGAUUUUAUGACUUCUAUCUGCCUAGGGAUGAAAUAUGGAUCUACAACAUGGAAACUGGAAGAUGGAAGAAGAGUAAAACAGAGGGAGAUGUUCCACCUUCCAUGUCUGGAAGCUGUGCUGUGUGUGUGGACAGAGUAGUCUACCUCUUUGGGGGACAUCAUGCACGUGGCAAUACAAACAAGUUCUACAUGUUGAAUUCCAGAUCCACGGACAAAGUGCUGCAGUGGGUCAGAGUAGAAUGUCAAGGGGUCCCCCCCUCAUCAAAGGACAAGCUUGGUGUCUGGGUUUACAAAAACAAGCUAAUUUUUUUUGGUGGCUAUGGUUAUUUUCCUGAAGGGAAGCAACGGGGCACUUUUGAAUUUGAUGAAACCUCUUUUUGGAAUUCAGGUCUUCCUAGGGGGUGGAAUGACCACGUGCAUGUUCUGGACACUGAAACUUUUACUUGGAGCCAGCCUAUAACUACGGGUAAAACUCCCUCCCCACGAGCAGCUCAUGCCUGUGCUACCGUUGGGAACAGAGGCUACGUGUUUGGUGGCAGAUACAGAGAGUCCAGGAUGAAUGAUCUGUACUACCUGAAUCUGGAUACCUGGGAGUGGAAUGAAAUAAUCACGCAAGGCAUCUGCCCAGUUGGCCGAUCGUGGCAUUCUUUAACACCAAUCUCCUCAGACCACCUCUUUCUCUUUGGAGGAUUCACCACUGACAAGCAGCCAUUAAGCGACGCUUGGAUUUAUUGCAUCAGCAAGAACGAGUGGAUACAGUUUGAGCACAACUAUUCAGAAAAACCAAGGCUAUGGCACACAGCUUGUGCAAGUGAAGAGGGAGAGGUCAUCGUUUUUGGAGGCUGUGCCAACAAUUUGCUUGCCCAUUCUAAAGCUGCUCACAGUAAUGAAAUCCUCAUCUUUUCUCUACAACCAAGAUCUCUUGUAAGGCUGUGCCUGGAAGCAGUCAUUUGCUUCAAGGAGAUGCUGGCCAGUUCCUGGAACUGCCUGCCCAAGCACUUGCUGCACAGCGUCAAUCAGCGGUUCGGAAGCAACAACACCUCAGGCUCCUGAGCCCUUGGGACAUCAGUGAGCUGUGCCUGGAGGAGCAGCUCUGAGAUGUCAUCAUUUGACCAAGCGUGGCAAACGUUAAAGUUGUCUAGGUUAACUAUCCGUAUCCUCGUAGGUAGGUGCUUCUUGCCUUUCAGUUGCAUGUGAAUGGCCUAGAGAGAACCUAUUUUUGUGUAAAGAUGUUUGCAAUAAAUGUAUUUAAUGCAGGUGGGAGACAGAGCCUCUGCUGAAACUAAAAACUAGUUCUGGGCUUGUCCACCUUGAAGAAGGGCAGCCCCCAGUGAGAAGAUAGGGUGGGUGGAAGGGAAGUGCUCCUUAUGGAGCCCUUCUUAAAGAACGUAAGGACUUCAGUGGUCAUGCAGGAAAUGCUGGGGCACGCCCUGACUGAUGAGUGUGGCUUUAGUGUAGGCUGAAGAUGGCCAAGCCAGGUGAGGAGUCCUGGUGUAGUCUACAGCUUUAGGAAACCUGCUUUAAAGUCAAAGAAAUGGGAUUUUGGAACUUGCAACAUUGUCAGCAUUGAUGAACUGUGGUAAUCGUUCAACUGGUGGAGCACUGCUGCUCCCUCCUUUGUUUGUAGCUUGUUGUUUUGGAACUCAUUGAUGUUGUGGAACUUCAGUUGUGAACCUUAGGUAGCAGAUAUUCUGCCCUGAGAAGUGGGACUGAACCUGCUUGAGCCUCUUACCAGCUAUGUCAAGUGACCUGUGGAGCUUGCCUACAGAUGGAGCAGCCUGAAGGACUCCAGCAUGGUGGAGUUACGCUGGAAGUGACCAUGGAAUAGGUCACCUCCUGCCAGCAGGUGACAUGGGUGACAAGGACCAGGCUCUGCUGCUGUGGGGGAAGGGGUGAAAUCAAGUCCAAGCUGUCCUCAAAAAACCCCAACAAAUUAAAA